ACCUUAUAUAUAGGGGGGGCGGGUAGCGGCGGAGCGCGUGCGUGCGGGCCGGCGGUUGGAGCUGAGGCGAUGUCGCGCUACGGGCGCUAUGGCGGCGAGACCAAGGUGUACGUGGGCAACCUGGGCACAGGCGCCGGGAAGGGCGAGCUGGAGAGAGCCUUCAGCUACUACGGGCCGCUGCGCACCGUGUGGAUCGCCCGAAACCCGCCGGGCUUUGCCUUCGUGGAGUUCGAAGACCCCCGAGACGCUGAGGAUGCUGUUCGUGGACUAGACGGAAAGGUAAUCUGCGGCUCCAGAGUUCGCGUAGAGCUGUCGACCGGCAUGCCUCGUCGCUCCCGCUAUGACAGACCUCCAGCCCGACGGCCGUUUGAUCCUAACGACAGGUGUUACGAAUGUGGGGAGAAGGGUCAUUAUGCGUAUGACUGUCAUCGUUACAGUCGUCGGAGGAGGAGCCGGUCACGGUCUAGAUCCCAUUCAAGAUCCAGAGGAAGAAGGUAUUCUCGCUCACGCAGCCGAAGUCGUGGGAGACGAUCCAGGUCAGCUUCCCUUCGCCGAUCACGGUCAAUCUCUCCUCGUAGAUCUAGAUCAAUCUCACCCCGCAGAUCCCGGUCUGGUUCCCUAAAAAGAUCAAGGUCUAGAUCGAGGUCAAGGUCCAGAUCCCGGUCUGUUACAUGGCCAAGAAGCAGGUCGGGGUCCCGUGGUAGAUCUAAAUCUGGCUCACCUGCUAAAAGCCGAUCAAAAUCCAGAUCACCAUCUCCAAAGAGAAGCCGUUCACCAUCAGGAACCCCUCGAAGGAGUGCAAGUCCGGAAAGGAUCGAUUAAAAUUACAAAAUUAACCCUUUAGGAAAAAGAUAUUUUGUUUACAUUAUAAGGGAUUUUGUGGUGUCUUUUGAUGUAAAUGUAAGGAUUUAGCUAGAAAGAUAUAUCAGUCAGUUGGCAAUUGACAUGAAUCUGGAUCUUUUAAACAUCAGUAGACUAGUGCACAGCUUUUCUUGUACGUAUUAACAUCCUGUGAUCUGGAAACGUGGGACUUUUUUAUUGGCACAUUGAAAUAAAAUGUAUUUCUAACGAAAAAUCUUUUUGUGGUAAACCUACUACUUCUGUUACAACUUGGUUAUCUUAAGUUGUGUGCCACUGAAGUUGAUGUGCAGAACAUUAGACUUCUAAAAAUGGUGAUAAUAUUGGUGUAACCCCAAGGAAUCAGUCAUUGCCUUCCUGUUUGUUUUUGGAUAGUCCCUGGUGGUCUGGACUUCCUGUUUCUGCUUCCAUUUUAAGAUACACAAAGAGAUGAAAUUUUAAGUUAUCUAUAAAUGGUUUCUGUGAAAGGUAUUUGUGCCCUUCUUUUGCUUUAUGGUAUCUAAAAGUGAUCUGCAAGAGGCCUAUUUUUUCCACUUGAUUUUUACUUAAAAUUUUUAUUCAAGACCAAUGAUGUACCAGAUAUCUUGGUCUUAGUUGAAGGUGCAGAGGUCUUUACUCAAAAAGUUAAAUUGUUGGAAGUUAAAUGAGUAUCAGUAAAAAGGUCUGUAAUACAUACUGAAAAUCUGUAACAGCUCAGUCACCAUUGCUUUUCAUUGUAUUUCAUCUGGCUUUUCAGUCAUACACUGUAAAGAGAAAUGUGUAUUUCUUAACUUAUGAAGAAGAAAACCAAUGGCAUAAGCACAACACUUCGUUAUUUAAAAGUGAUCUAUGACACACAUUCAGGGAAAUUAGUGCAACAAUAUUGUGGCAUUUUUCUCUCCUACGGCUUACUCAGUUUUUCCCCUUAGACCGAGGUGUCAAACUUCAGGCCUGCAGGCAGGAUCUGGCCUGCAGAGCCCUGUUGUGUGGCUAGUAGAAGAGCAGGGAAUUUGGGGGUGGGACCCAUUGCCUAAAUCUGGUGUGAGCCCUGCUGGGUAUGUGUUGGCAGUGGGGGGGGCAAGCGACUGCUGCAUUAGCCACUGCUACUUGCUACUUCAUCUAGAUCUUGAUUGCAAGGAACCCUCCAGUCCAGAUCCAGCCUGCAGGGGUGAGGUGAGUUUGACGCCCCUACCUUAAACAAACUGAGCUGCUAUAAUUACUCUCAAAUGCUGCAAUCACAAAACAGCCUUUUUGCUGACGAUUAAAAAUAAAAUUGUCUAGGUAGUGAUGGACUAAUUUCUAGCACACAGCAGAUGGAAUAUUAAACAACUUAAUGAAUUGUGAGCAAGUAUGCCAAACCCUGUAAGCAAACUUGACUAUAAUUAACUGGGAGUUGCAAAGUAUGGUACUUCCUGUUGAAACUGACUGUGGCUGCGUAUAGGCUUGAUUAACGAGGACACUGUUGGAUUGCCAGCAUCCUUUCUGACAAAAAUACAAGCACGUUAAUAUUCUGGGAUAUUUUGCUGUCACUUUCAAUAGUAAAAAUCUAUUGGGGUUUCCCAAAAAGGAUUUAAGUUUGAAAGGGUAGAUUUCUGUUUGGGCUUCUACUGAACCAGUUAAUGGCAGAUCACACCUUUUAAAAAGUGCAAACUUUAAAAUUCCCUUCAUGGACAUUAAGACUAAGCUUGGGUAACCCACAAUUUUCAGAUAACAGACUUUUCAUUUAAUAUUACAUUUGCCACCCAGUAGACUCGAGUGACACUUUGAAAAGGUCUGGCUAAUGUCAAGUCUUAAAUCUACCAGUCACUUUCGUAGAUUUUCUCUUUUUUUUUUCUUGUGUAAAGUUAUGUGCAUAUACAGUGCAUUAGUGCUUAGCAAUGGGAACUGAUGCUCCAGGUCCAAAUUCUGCUGUGUUUUAACAUUCUGGUAAUAUCCAUAUAAUGAUUGUAAACUGCAAAAUGGGAGCAGGAGGUGACAACAUUGUAUGAUUUUCCCUAAACGAUUAGCAAAAAUACCCAGAAAGCUGUUUCUUAUGACAUUCAUUUGUAUGGAGUAUUGACUAUCCAUUGCCUGGCAGUUUUACAGUAAAAGUACCACACAGGUGGUCUUGAAUUUGAUCAGCUUUUUCUCUUAUCUUUCUGUACUGUUACGGCAAGCCUACUCCACAAUAAACCUGCAGACUAAAACCA